AAGCUCCCAAAAAUAAAGAGCAAAGAUUGCAUUGAGCAGCGAGCAGCAGUGCAGAAAUAGAUGGUGGCAGUUUCGUGUCAGUGAGUUUGCAUUGCCCCUUCCUGGUCCACGAGCUGGAGAGAGUCGAAGGGAAUUGCAUUGACUACAAGUGGAGAAGUCCCCCUGUUCGCCUGCACUGUACAUGUUGGGUGCAUCUCUCCAUUCUCACCCUCUCUCUCCCUCUAUUUUUUUCCUCCUCCCCUCUCUUUCUCUCCUGCAUUGAUUUUUUUUCUUUUUAAAGUGUGACUGAAACAAACCAAAACAAAAAGGGACAUUGGAUCUAUUCUGGUGGCUUCUUCUCUCUAUCUUUUUUUUUUUUUUUGGUCUUUUUUAUGAUCAGAAACAAAACCCCACAACAAACAAACAAACACAAAACAAAAAGAAAGGGUCUGGCUCAGCAACAGCAUGGAUGUGUUGGCUAGUUAUAGUAUAUUCCAAGAACUACAGCUUGUCCACGACACCGGCUACUUCUCAGCUUUGCCAUCCUUGGAGGAGAACUGGCAGCAGACAUGCCUCGAAUUGGAACGUUAUCUUCAGACAGAGCCAAGGAAGAUCUCAGAGAGCUUUGGUGAGGAUUUGGACUGUUUUCUUCAUGCUGCCUCCGUUCCAGAUACAGAGGACAGUAUCCGACGGCUGGACCCCAUUCUGUUACCUGUGGAGACGAGUACAUGUGACAAAAGCACCAACAUGGACAUUAUUCUUUCACGGGACAAACUGCUAUCUGAGACGUGCCUCAGCCUGCAGCCCACCAGCUCUUCUAUAGAGGGCUACACCACCGUCAACCAGGCCCAACUCAACGCAGUGACCUCAUUAACACCCCCUUCCUCUCCUGAGCUCAGCCGCCAUUUGGUAAAAACCUCACAAACUCUCUCAGCAGUGGAUGGCACAGUAACAUUAAAACUGGUGGCAAAGAAGGCUUCGCUGAGUUCAGUGAAGGUGGGAGUGGCAACAGCAACAGCGGGCACAGUAAAGAGUGGGCAGAGCGACAGUGAACAAGGAGGGGCAGGGGGUGAGGCAUCCCCAGAAAAUAAGAAGAGGGUUCAUCGCUGUCAGUUUAAUGGGUGCCGGAAGGUUUAUACAAAGAGCUCCCAUUUAAAGGCUCACCAGAGGACUCACACAGAGGGUGAUGGAGAAAUAUUUCCCCCGAAGAUGCUCUUCACACAUAGCAAAGGUGAGAAACCAUACAAGUGCUCAUGGGAAGGGUGCGAGUGGCGUUUUGCACGAAGCGAUGAACUCACGAGGCACUACAGGAAACACACAGGUGCAAAACCCUUUAAAUGCAACCAUUGUGACAGGUGUUUCUCCAGGUCUGAUCACCUUGCCCUCCACAUGAAGAGACACAUCUAAGUAUUUAAAACAGUCAGCAUCACAUAAAUGCUGUCUGAGCUAAGUCAUGGAGUAAAGGUGGAACUCAGCUAUAACCCGCUGCCUUGCAGGAGAAGAGAACUUAAUCACAUAUAAUCCUCUGUACCCAGACCACGUGCUCACACUGUCAUGCACCCAACUAUACUUAAAUACUACAUCUGUUCUUUAUGCCUUGCCCCGGCUGAAUGGGAGAAGAUGCAGGAAAGGAAAUGGGGUAGAGGUGAUGUCAGUAAGGCAGAACAAUUGCUUACAGUGCUUCUGUUACACUUGGAUUUGUUUCCUGCUGUUGCCAGUGGAAAAUCAAAGAAAAUAAAGAAGGCUUCCCUGCAGGUGGACAGCAGUAAGAGGGGCUUAUUUAACUUGCUUCUCAGUGCAACUACAUAGGAGAACACGUUGUCUUGAAGUUGCAUAUUUGUAGCACUAACUUUUCUUUUUAAAUAGAUGGGGGGAAAGUAAUGACCUAGAAAACCAAAUCCCAGUUUGGUAGCCAAAAUUAACCUCUUGGUUCAUUUGUUCUUUGUCUGAGAAUUCCUAACAUUCAAUGUGUCCAACUUUUCACAGACACUUUGAUCUAUCUUGGUUUUGGUUCUUCUUCCUAGAACUGAGCUAUUAAGAUCCUUUUAAGUCCAUACCAGUAGCCUUAAUGGCAGUAGACUGUGGAGUGACACCUGUGACACAUACAUCCUCUUUUUGGCCUGAGUUUAUGUAGACUACAUGGAGGACUGCAUUUUUGUUUAUUGUUUUUGUUUUGAUUUUUUUUGGCUACUGUACACCAUAUGCACUAGGGACUCGGGAAGCUGCUGACAUGACUGCAUAGUGGCCAAGGAAAAGUCCCUGCGAAACACCAUGUAAUACCGCCAUAAGCAUCAUCUUAUUGCCAUAACUAGGACUUCUUGUUUGUCUAAUGAAAACUUGAAAAGCUUAUUUGGAAGCUUACGCAUUUUAUCUUUUCUCCAUGAACAACUGAUCUUCAGAACUCCUUUUCUUCACCUGGAUAACUGUCUUGGACUGGCCACUCAGGCAUGAUUACAGGUUUCCUUCAGCACCACGUGAGCAUGUUAGCCACAACCCACAGUGAUUGAUUGACAAAUUGUGUUGCUUGUUCUUGCUGUUCUAUUAACCAAUUGAAAACAUUGACUUUUAUUUGUGUAAAGACCACCUGAAAAUAUUUUUUAAAGAGACAACCUAAUGUUUUGGUUGAGUAUCAUUCAAAAAAAAAAAAAAAAGCCAAAAAUACUACUUCAGUCCCCAAGAGGGAAAAGGGAAAACAGCUUCCAAGUAAAGUGGCUUCAUUCACCAUAAUCUUUUAGAGAAAAUUUCAAAGUCCUCCCUUCCCAUUCUUCAAGGUGACUCUAUGGCCCACUCCUAUAAAAAAAAAUGUAAGAAUAAAUGAAGGGUCAGCUUUGGUACACAACACUGAGUUUUUAUCCAAAUGAUUAGUCUAAAGUAACCCAUGAGGCGGAUAGGAACUACCAUCAAGGAUCAAUGGAGACCUCACACUCACCCUGAAUCCUGUACAUUUUUUUUACCUCCUUGGCUCGAGUGGAUUAAAUCCUUCAUUUAAAAAGAACAACAAAAAGUAGUAUAUUAACGUAAGUUGCUUUUGUAGCUAUUUGGUACUGGCCCCGACUCCAAAGACUGCCUUUAGGACCAUAUGAAAUGGCCUAUGCAAGCAGGUGGGGUGGUUAUUAGGACAGGUUGUAUAUUUUGUAUAUUCUGGGACCAUCCCUGCAAGGUAUGUCUAGAAAUGAAACAAAAUGGCAUGUGGUCCACAAAUGGCUGCUGUUCUUUUAUACUGUACUAGCCAACUGCCCUCAUGACUGUUUUGACUCACUGACUGUUAAAAUGCAUCCCUAAUUUAUGUUUUGGGAUGUAGAACUGAACUAUUAAAACAAAUCUAUCCAUGUAAAAUGUAAGAGCAGUCACCAGGAUCCUUGGUACUUGAGUUCUCAGUUUUUUUGCAACCUUUGGCUCCAGUGAGAGAUUGAAUCUUCUCAAAAGAUGCUGUUUUUUUCCUCACAGUUUGCAUACACACUGUGAUUGUCAAUUGAACGUUGGGUGGGGGGAAGUGGGGAUGGAAUAUGAUGUCUGGCCCAUAUGGCAUGGAAUAUGGACCAAAAUCUAACCAUCUUUUGAAGGCAAUGACAUAAUAUUAGUAACAAAAACAAGAGAAAGAGAGAAACCAAGUUUUAUUCCAAAGAUUUAAAACUAACUAUACUCUAUGUAUUAAAACACAACUGGAGCACUGCUUGCAGACAAUCUCCUAGUUCUCUGCUUCUAUAAUUGCAUAUUUUUAAUGGCCAUUCCAUUAGGCUUUUCAACUGAGUUUUGAGGGCCGUAACAUUCAACUUGCAUUAGAAUAUGUGGAUUAUCUUACCAGAAUGUCAGUGGAAGUGAGGACACUGGAACCUCACCUGCGUGAAAUUGUAAACUAUCCAGUCAGUGCAUUAGAUAAAAAAUAGAAAACUGUAGAGUUUCAUUACUGUAGCAUCCAGCAGUAUGUGCUCACAUACCCACCAUUACAAUAUUCAUUGGCUAUGAACCUGCAUAAGUGUCCUCUCCUAAGCUCUAAGUGCACCCACCUUUACAAAUGGUAUUAAUAGCCUACAAGACUUAAAUAUUUAAGUGACAAUUUAAGUGCAAGACUAUUUAAAAAAGAAAAAAUAUUAAGAGACAAUAUUUAUUUACUUCCAAUUGUCAUUUGUAGUCUUGUUGACAUCUCAUUUAAAUAUGGUAGAACAAGGGCCCCUUUGAUGUCCAUAGACAUUUCUGAAAUGUGGUAAAUUUCUUGCUUCUACAGAUAGGCCUAAAUCAAAAUCUUGGAUCCAAACAACAAAAUUAUGGGAAAAGGGAUGAGAAGGUGAACCAGAAUUUGGAUUUCUCAGUUAGGCCCUGUGUAUAAUGGGCCUCUAGCUUUGAAAUUUUGUAUUUCAGGACCAAUUCUGCUAUGUUUAAUGGGAAAAAAAUAUAAACUGGGUAUUUUGUGUCUUAGAUCAGUGCACUUGGUCAGUCACUUGUUGUAUAUUGUUAUAGGAUCAUGGAUAAACAAGCAUUGUGGGUAAAAAUUGCAAGAAGUGAGCUGCGCCUUCAUUUUUGAGUGCCCAGUUUGAGACACAAUGGGCGUGUCUACACAUUUCCCUGCUUUAGUACUUCCUUUUGGAAGUACUAAAGCACAGCACAGUAUGGAUGGUUACUGCGCUGUGUGCAUGGCGCAUGGGUAGGUUUUGCCGCUACAUUGCCAUAGCGCAGUAUACCCAGGGAGUGUGUUGCUAUGAUGACAUAGCUGGCAAUCACAUGUAGGCACAUGUGAUUGCUAGAUCACCAUAGCACACUGUACAGUGAUGUAGCAUGCCUCUAUGUUCCCGCAGGGCAACGUGUAGACGCUCCCUGUAUAUAGCACUGUUUUUCAUAGUAAUGCUCUACUAAACAUUAGGUCCCUUUUUAGGUGUUUCAAACUGAGCGCUUGAAAUUUGAGGUGUUCAGAAUAAGUAGUCAUUUUUUAAAAAUCUUGGCCCAUGUCUUCAUGCUGCAGCUAUUUUCACUUCAUCUGACUGCAGGUCCUGAAGAUUGGGGUAAAGUUAGUCCUUUCUAUAAGGCUGCUUUAGAAUCAGAAGCUUGAUGGGUGCUUUAGGUUUAGUAAGAGGUGUCAUUGUUGAGAAUCCAGUUAUCUGGCAGCUGCAUAAGAGGGCCUUAAUGAAAAAAAGCUUUACUCUCUUUCCCUUCAUGUUGAAUUCAUGCCCCCUCCAGAACAGAAGCCAUCAUUCAAGGGCCAAAUAUAGCUUCCAAGGUCAUGAGAAAAAUAGUAUUGUAUGGAAACAG